GUGAAAGAAAAGGAAGGGGGACAUUGCAAAUUGCCACACCACUCCCAUAUGGGGUUUUAGGGAAACUGAGUCCAAAAAAACCGCAUAGCCUAUUCUUUUUUUUUUUUUUUCUUUUUUUUUUACAUGAGCAGUGCAUCAUUAUCUGCUACUAAUAACAUUACUGUGUCUGUUAACUUACUACAAUGCCGCUAAAGAUGAGGUGAAGUCCUGUGCUGAGGCUGCAGUCUGGGGGAAACCACAAUUGAAACUGAGCCCGCAGUGGGAGCGCUGGUCUGGACUGGGAGUGGUGGGAGGUUUCAGGAGAAACCAGGCAGGGCUCGCACGCAGUAGCCUACUGCACGUUAGCCAACCUACUGGCAGACACCAGUCACUGACUGACUGCAUGACUGGGCUGACACAUUCACAGCGGAGGGACUGAACCAAAUACCCACACUAACGUAGUCUGUCUGGACGUGGACGAUAAAAGCUCAGUCAAAGAAGAGAGACUACCACACUCUUUUUGACCUCGUCUGUUUUAAGGUGGUGGCGAGUGACGGGGUGCGGGCUAUGAUGGAGUCGGCCCUGACAGCCAGAGACCGGGUGGGCGUGCAGGACUUUGUCCUGCUGGAGAACUUCACCAGCGAGGCCGCCUUCAUAGAGAACCUGCGCAAACGCUUCAAAGAGAACCUCAUCUAUACAUACAUUGGUUCAGUGCUAGUGUCAGUUAACCCAUACAAAGACCUGGAGAUCUACACCAAGAACCACAUGGAGCGAUACCGUGGAGUCAACUUCUACGAGGUCUCACCACACAUCUAUGCAGUGGCAGACAACUCGUACCGCUCCAUGAGGACAGAGAGAAAAGACCAGUGCAUCCUGAUCUCUGGGGAGAGUGGCGCUGGGAAGACGGAGGCGUCAAAGAAGAUCCUGCAGUAUUACGCCUUCACCUGUCCAGCCAGCGAGCAGGUGCAGACCAUCAAAGACCGCCUGCUGCAGUCCAACCCUGUGCUGGAGGCCUUUGGCAAUGCCAAGACCUUGCGUAACGACAACUCAAGCCGCUUUGGCAAGUACAUGGACAUUCAGUUUGAUUUUAAGGGUGCCCCAGUUGGAGGCCACAUCAUUAACUACCUGCUGGAGAAGUCCCGUGUGGUCCACCAGAACCACGGGGAGAGGAACUUCCACAUUUUCUAUCAGCUGAUCGAGGGAGGGGAGGAGGACCUGCUGAGAGCCCUGGGCCUGGAGAGGAACCCUCAGCAGUACCAGUACCUGGUCAAAGGUAACUGUCCCAAAGUGAGCUCCAUCAACGAUCGCAGUGAUUGGAAGAUGGUGAGGAAAGCCUUGACUGUGAUUGGCUUCAACGAGGACGAAGUGGAGGAGUUGUUGAACAUAAUUGCCAGUGUGCUCCACCUGGGGAAUGUGCAGUACGGCGGCGAAGAAGGCAAUGUCUGCAUCACUUCUGACACGCAGAUAAAGUACCUGGCCAGGUUGUUAGGAGUGAAUGGGGCAGUGCUGACAGAGGCACUCACACACAAGAAGAUAAUUGCCAAGGGAGAGGAGCUGAUGAGUCCGCUGAACCUAGAGCAAGCGUCAUCGGCUCGGGAUGCUUUAUCCAAGGCGGUGUAUGGACGCACCUUCACCUGGCUGGUUAACAAGAUCAACGCUUCACUGACAUACACGGAUGACUCCCACAAGAAUUACUCGGUCAUUGGCCUGCUGGACAUCUAUGGCUUUGAGGUCUUCCAGCACAACAGCUUUGAGCAGUUCUGCAUCAACUACUGUAACGAGAAGCUGCAGCAGCUCUUCAUUGAGCUCACCCUAAAGUCAGAGCAGGAGGAGUACGAGGCUGAAGGCAUCACGUGGGAGCCAGUGCAGUACUUCAAUAACAAAAUCAUCUGUGACCUGGUGGAGGAGAAGUUCAAAGGCAUCAUCUCCAUUCUGGAUGAGGAGUGUCUGAGACCCGGAGAUGCCAGUGAUCUCACCUUCCUAGAGAAGCUGGAGGACACUGUGGGAGGACACGCACACUUUGUCACUCACAAGCUGGCUGAUGCAAAGACCCGGAAGGUAAUGGGCCGUGACGAAUUCAGACUGCUGCAUUACGCUGGAGAAGUCAACUACAAUGUCAACGGAUUUUUGGACAAGAACAACGACCUGCUCUUCAGGAACUUAAAAGAGGUUAUGUGUAUGUCAGAGAACAAGAUCCUGAACCAGUGUUUUGACAGAGAGGAGCUGAGUGACAAAAAACGUCCCGAAACGGCAGCCACCCAGUUCAAAGCCAGUCUGGCGAAACUCAUGGAGAUCCUCAUGUCGAAGGAGCCGUCGUACAUCCGCUGCAUCAAGCCCAAUGACUCCAAGCAAGCAGGUCGAUUUGACGAAGUCUUGAUCCGUCACCAGGUCAAGUAUCUGGGGCUGAUGGAGAAUCUGAGGGUGAGGAGAGCCGGCUUUGCUUACAGACGGCGCUAUGAGGUCUUCCUUCAGAGGUAUAAGUCCCUGUGUCCAGAUACAUGGCCUAACUGGCAGGGGAAACUGGCUGAUGGCGUGGCCACACUGGUCAAACACCUGGGAUACAAGCCAGAGGAGUACAAACUGGGCAGAUCCAAAAUCUUCAUCCGUUUUCCAAAGACGUUGUUUGCCACCGAGGAAGCACUUGAGACCAGGAAACAUAGUCUUGCCACCAAGCUGCAGGCAGGAUGGAGAGGCUACAGCCAGAAGUCCAAAUACCAAAAACUCAGAACCUCAGCUAUUGCCAUCCAGGCGUGGUGGAGAGGGAUCCUGGCCAGGAGGAGAGCCCAGCGCAGACGACAGGCUGCUGAUACUAUCCGCAGGUUCAUCAAAGGCUUCAUCUACCGCCACAGAGAGCGCUGUCCAGAGAACGAGUAUUUCCUGGAUUAUGUGCGCUACUCCUUCCUCAUGAAGCUGCACAGGAACCUGCCCAAGAACGUCCUGGACAAGAGCUGGCCGACACCUCCAGCUGCUCUCGCUGAGGCUUCAGAGCAUUUGCGUAAGCUGUGCAUGCAGAACAUGGUGUGGAGCUACUGCAAGAAGAUCAGUCCUGAGUGGAAACACCAGAUGGAGCAGAAGAUGAUCGCCAGUGAGCUCUUUAAGGACAAGAAGGACAACUACCCACAGAGCGUGCCCAAACUGUUUGUCAGCACAAGACUCAAUGGUGAGGACAUUAACCCAAAGGUGGUGCAGGCUCUGGGCAGUGAGAAAAUGAAGUAUGCAGUGCCCGUCACCAAGUACGACAGAAAAGGCUACAAGGCUCGGCCCCGCCAGCUGCUGCUCACCGCCAACAGUGCCGUUAUCAUUGAGGAGACCAAACUCAAGCAGCGCAUCGACUACGGAGCUCUGAAAGGUAUCUCAGUCAGCUCGCUCAGCGACGGCUUGUUCGUUCUGCAUGUGUCCAGUGACGACAACAAACAGAAGGGAGAUGUUGUUCUGCAGAGCGACCAUGUGAUUGAGACCUUGACCAAGAUUGCGAUCUGUUCUGACAAAAUAAACAGCAUCAACAUCAACCAGGGCAGUAUAACGUUUACAGUGGGUCAGGGGAAAGAGGGGAUCAUAGACUUCACGCCCGGAUCAGAACUACUGGUGGCCAAGGCUAAGAACGGACACUUGUCUGUGACGGCUCCCAGACUGAACUCCAGAUGAUGGCCACUCUGACCACACACAUACACCAGGACCUACGUACUCCUGACCUCUCCCAUCCUCCAAUCACACGACCGCAGACCCCGCUCUGCCUAAGCCAAUCAGAUGCCAGCUGUCACUACACGGGUGGCAUGUGCUUCCAAUUAAAAAAAAAAAAAAAAAAAUCCAGCUAAACUAAUUGAUAUAUUUAUGUUCAUAUAUUAUAUUUUUGGGAUUAAUAUGGUUGCUGUUUUAAUAUUCUGAUUUUAUAUAUGAGGCCAAGGAAUAACAAAUAUUUUUGGUGCAUUUUUCUUGCACCAUGUGUGUUUAUUGUGCUUUAUUUGGGAACAUGACCAAGAAAACAAUGAGGGAAGAGUCAGAAUAAGAGACAACAACGAGAAGAAGGGGAUUGUUGUUGAUGAAAAUCAGGGUUAGUUGUUGCAUGUUGCCUCUUUUUUUUCCUGUUUACUUUUUCGGCUCAACUUAUUAGGCUUGAUUGUCUUGCUGACACAACUUUCUCUAACUGCGGUGUAUGGCUUGUUAUUGAAGCAUGAAGGUGUGUAGAACAAGGCUGACGUAUGUAGGAUAGCUGUUGUGAGGUUCAGGGAUGAGGAAGAACUACUUUUUAAUCAAAUAGUGAUGCUUUGGCACGGAGAGGCUGGUAGUGUCAGACUGUGGUUCACUAAAUCAGAAUUAAUAGUUGGAUGUACUACUGAAUAUAUUUCACAAAUCUAUACAUGCAGUGUUUGAAUAAGAAGGUAGCUCGUCACAAGGGAUUCACUACAUAAGAUAAACAGCACACAGUGUAAAAGUAUGUGAGAAAAGGCAAGAGAAAGGUGAAAAGAAAGAUGAAAGAACAGUUACUAUUUGCCUUGAUGCCAGGUUGCUUGUGCCUUUUCCUUUGACUAAUUUAUUCAUAGUUGAGCUGUAUAUUGAUGGAUAACAACGCCAGAAUGAGUUAAGUGUAGAUAGAAACCUGUCGUCCUCUGACUGAAUGUUGUUCAGCAGCAGCUGCCUGUGCAACUUCAAAAGCACAUAACCUGCUUUGACUUGAUGAAAGGCACCAGCAUGUCUCUCUGUAGUUGGCUACAUUUCCUCCAUUCUUCCACCUCUACUCUCUGCUUUGCCUCUCCAGCCUCCUCCCUAACCUCCCUGCUGUCUGUCUUAGAGAACUGGGGUUCUGUUGGGCUUUGACUGAACUGGUCUAAUGGCCACGUGUUUAUUUUGUGUUGAUAUUCAAUAUAUAUCUCUCCAUUUUUACAUUUCUGUCUUUGAAACUGCAUUUAGACCAAAAUGUGUCACAAUUUGAAGCCAAAUCUGGGUUAAGCUGAAAUACAUGCGAAGGCCAAAAACAGUGGUGUAAGAUGGAAGCCACUAAUAGCUGUGUAUAAGAUGUUUGACAUGUUUAAACGUGACUCUUUUUUUUUUUUAAAGAAAAUAGUUUGAUAUUUUGGGAAAUACUCACUAUACUAUAUACUAUACUAUACUCUGGCUGAGAAGAUUGAUACCACUCUCGUGUCUAUGUCAGUUAGCUUAAUAUGAUGCUACUGCUUGCUAUAGCAGAGACCGGAGGCAGGAGGAAACAACAAUAGCUAACCGCUAACUUUGCUCUGUCUAAUAAUCACAAAAUCUUUCUACCAGCUCCUUCAAAGCUCUUUAAUUAACAUGUUAUAUCUUGUUAUUUAGUAAACUUUAGAGGCAGACUUAUAAGUAUAUAUGGACAGAGACAGGCUAUCUGUUUCCCCCUGCUUCUAGUCUUUUUGCUAAAGCUAACCGGCUGCUAGCUUAGCGGUAGCUUCCCAUUUAAAGCUGCAGUGGGUAGAAAGCAAAGAAAUUCCAGGAUUGAAGUAGAGUGACACCUCUUCCUGCAGCUCUCCUUCUCCCCUCUCUGUCACCCAGGUAAAUGCAUGCACAGACCAGCCAAUAGGAACGCUCUGUUUCUUUCUUUCUGAAAUGACCUGUGAUUGGUCAAAAGCCUGAAAACAGAGCCAAGAUGAGGUGCAGACGUCUAGUUUUCUCUUAGACCACUUGAAUUACAAUAUACUGAUAGGUUAUUAUGGAUUUUUUUGCCCAACAACGCCAAAAAAACAAAUUGCCUACCACUGCUUUACUGAUGUCUGUAUGCUAACUAUGAAGCUACAGCCAUGGGGAAUGCUAGCUUAGUGGGAGACAGCUAGCUUGGCUCUGUUCAAAUGUAAACGGUCCACCUACAAAGGCUAGCUGUUUUCCCCUGUGUCCAGUCUUUAUUCUAAGCUAUGGUAACCAUCCCCUGGCUGGAGCUUCAAGUUUAACAUAUAUAUGAAAGUUGUAUUGAUCUUAUCAUCUAACUCUGCAAAAAAGCGCAAGAGUGAAUUUCCCAAAAUGUCAAACUAUCCCUGUAGUGCCAGAAAAUGUAAGGUUCUUUUCAGAAUUUUGCUCUUUUCCUGGUAGAAAACUUCUGAAAUUGCAUCUAAAUUGUAGUGCAACACUAAAAAUCUUCAUUUAAUCCUGACAAGAGUAGAAUAUUUAUGCAACCUUAGAAAAAAAUAUCAGUCCAGUUCAGAUUAAGAGCUUCCUAUAGAACAGUUCUACAAUAAAUAUCUCUGUCAAACUCUGACCAAAAACUGGUCCUGAAAACGUCAUUGAAAACUUUUGAGAAGAGAUCCAAAAUUUUUCCACAUUUUUUGUUGUUGUUCUUUUUGUUCUCACUCAAUGAACUUUUUCUCUGCAUGGCUCUGGGUAGCGAGGCGGGUGCAAUAUGCCCAGGCAGGACUGUGCUACUAGCCAAAGACCCUCUUGAUUUCUAGUGAUUCUGUGUUGUAUGAUUUAUAUGAUAUGUCGGUUCUGAAUGUUGUUUUUAUCAGGAGGGAGAUCUAUAUGUACAGUUUGUGUUCUGUGUUAUAAAUGAGAGAUUCAAGCCAAGUGAGGUUCGAUGAUGUGAAACAUUUGGGGAGAAAAAAA